CAUAGGAAAAUAUGGAGUUUAGGACAUAAAAUACAAUUCCGCUUAAGCUCCGUAGCUGAAGCUCCUAAAAACCAAACCCUGGCUGAAAGAAGGAAAAUUUGCAAAGGGCCAUGGCGUGAAAAGUUGCGCGCGCCUUAUAAAAGCUUGGCCCUGGAGCCCCGCCGCAGUCUCCACGCGACCACCGUGUUGUGUGCACGUCACAAGAUGGCCUCCCUCGCAGUAUUCGAUUUCGAUCGUACUAUAGUCGAUAACGACUCGGAUGCCGUUGUGAUAGAGAAAUUGAGGGAAAAACAGCCUCCGCCAGAAUGGGAGUCUGAAAAUCGUGAUUGGACGCCGUACAUGAGCGAUGUAUUCGAGCACGCCUACUCUGCUGGCCUCCGAGAGGCGGACGUCCUCAGCGCGAUAGCCUCCAUGAAACCGACCCCAGGCUGCAUACACAUGUUGAAAGCUUUACAUAAGGCUGGCUGGCAUAUAGUGCUACUCACUGACGCAAACACAGUAUUCGUACAGCACUGGUUGUCUACACAUCAGUUAGAGGACUGCAUAAAGGCUGUGAUUACCAACCGCGCCUUCUGGGACCAAGGGCGGUUAUACAUCGAGCCCUGCAUGCGGCAGACUGCCUGCUCGCGCUGCCCCACCAACCUGUGCAAGUCACUUGCACUCGCCCAGUGGUGCGCAAGGCACCAGUACUCGAACAUAUGCUACGCUGGUGACGGCAGGAACGACUAUUGUCCGGCUACUAACUUACCCGCUCAUGCAACCGUGUUCCCCCGCCGCGGCUACCCUCUGGACGACUUAAUAAAAAAGACCCUCACGUCUUCAACCCCCCACAUAAAAGCCAAGGUGGUGCCUUGGGACAGCUGUGAUACCAUCCUGGACAAACUCAUCCAGGCUUAGGAUAGCUUAGUAAUC